AUGAGCCGCCGUGAGCGCGACCCCGGCGCUCCGCCGCCCCUCACCGUGUCCCCAGGGCGGCUGGCGGCGGCGGCGGCAGCGCGGGGCGCGGAGCGGGAGGAGUUGGCGGCACUGAACGAUCGUUUCGCCGCUUUCCUGGAGCGGGUCCGGGCGCUGGAACGCCAGAACGAGACCCUCCGCGCCGCCCUGGGCCGCGCCACCGCCGCCACCGGGCCCCGCACCGGGCUGGUGCAGGGGGAGCUGCGGGGGCUGCGGGAGCGGCUGCAGCGCCUCGGCCGCGACCGGGACCGGCUCCAGGCUGAGCGGGACGGGCUCGCCACCGACCUGGUGGCCCUGCGGCAGCGGCUGGAGGACGAGACACAGAAGCGUGAGGAUGCUGAGAAGAGUCUGGUGCUGUUCCGCAAGGACGUGGACCAUGCCACGCUGUCUCGCCUGGAGCUGGAGCGCAAGGUCGAGCUACUGAUGGACGAGAUCGGCUUCCUCAAGAAGCUGCAUGAGGAGGAGCUGCGGGACCUUGAGGUGAGUGCCCCGAGCCCGGCGGGGCUGGCCGAGGUGGAGGUCUGCAAGCCGGAGCUGACGGCUGCACUGCGGGAGAUCCGCACCCAGUACGAGAGCAUUGCUGUCAAGAACCUGCAGGAAGCCGAGGAGUGGUACAAGUCAAAGUUUGCCGACCUCUCAGAUGCAGCAAACCGUAACCACGAGGCACUGCGGCUGGCCAAGCAGGAGAUGAACGAGUCCCGGCGGCAGAUCCAGAGCCUGACCUGCGAGGUGGACGGGCUGAAGGGCGUGAACGAGGCGCUGCAACGGCAGAUGCGGGAGAUGGAGGACGAGUACGGGGAAGAAAUCGGGAAUUACCAAGACGUGGUGGGGAGGCUGGAGCAGGAGAUCCAGCAGAUGAAGGAGGAGAUGGCGCGGCACCUGCGCGAGUACCAGGACCUGCUUAACGUCAAGAUGGCCCUGGACAUAGAGAUUGCCACAUACCGCAAGCUGCUGGAAGGCGAGGAGAGCCGGAUCACCAUCCCACUGCAGCCCACCAGUUCCUUCAGCAUGAGAAGCUCAGUGCUGGAGCCCCAGCCUGCGGAGACCUCGGCACGGAGGAUGGUGCUCAUCAAAACCAUCGAGACACGUGAUGGGCAGCAAGUGGUGACAGAAUCACACAAGGAGCGAGCAGGGAAGUGA